AUGGGGGAUUUUGAGUGCAGCAUUUGUUUCCUCAUGAAGCUUCUAUCUUGGAAUAUUAGGGGGUUGGGUAAGGCUGAAAAGCAAGGUAGAAUAAAAAAACUACUAAAAGAUAGACACAUAGAUGUUGUCUUUUUUCAAGAGACCAAGAAGGCAGUGGUUUCUGAAAUUGCUGCUAGAGGGCUCUGGGGUAGUAGAAAUAUGGAAUAUAUGUCUGUAGAUCCUGAAGGAACAGCUGGGGGUUAUUAUGUAUUUGGGACCCUGACGUAUUCCAACUCUCUGGUUGCUGCUGCAGUACGAGACCACUGUCCUUUACUGAUGAUGGAGGAUGACAGAGAUUGGGGCUCUAAACCUUUCAGGUUCCUAAAUGCUUGGACUCUCCAUCCCAAUUUUUCUCAGCUUUUUGUUACUUUUUGGACAAACACUACCUUUGCUGGUUGGUCUGGAUUUAUGCUUCUUCAAAAGCUCAAGCAUCUUAAGCUGGUUUUAAAAACUUGGAAUACUGAGGUGUUUGGUAAUAUUUUUUUCAAAAUCAAGACUUCAGAGGAAGAGUUACAUGCAAUGGACAUCAUUGCAGAGGAAAGCGCAUUGGUUGCUUCAGAAAAGGCAAGAAGAAUGGUGGUUAGAGGUGAGUUGUGGAAACUCUACAGAAUGGUAGAAUGGAUAUCGCAUCAAAAAUCCAGAUUGAACUGGACUCUCAAUAAGGAUAAAAACACUAGAUUUUUCCAUGUUGUUACUAGUACCAGGCCGAGUAGAAACCUGAUCAACUCUAUUUCAGUUAAUGGUGUGUCUUUUGAGGAACUUAGCAGGGUUAGGCAUCAAUUCAGUGUAGUUGAGGUCCUAGCAGCAGUUAAAGAAUGUAACAAUAACAAAGCGCCAGGCCCUGAAGUGUUUAACCUAUUGUGCUAUCAGAAAUUCUGGAAGGUUAUGAAGCCAGACAUAAUGCAAUUUUUCAAGGAUUUUCACUCCAACAGCAGGCUCACUUAUGGCAUUAACAGUACGUUUAUUACUCUCAUUCCCAAGUUAGAAAAUCCAAUUGGUCUAUCUGACUAUAGACCUAUAAGUCUUGUGGGAUCUAUUUGCAAAAUCUUGGCCAGAGUUUUAUCACACAGAUUGAAAUCAGUGCUUCCCUCAAUCAUUGGUGAAACUCAAACUACAUUCAUACACUACAAUAAAACUGAGUUUUUAUGGCUUCACAUCAACGACAUACAGUAA